GCUCCAGUCUCGGGUCCUGCAGCCUCCACCCCUCAUCUUUCUCCUUCGCUCUCAGUUUAAUUCUCACAUUCUUCCAACUCCAUCAUGCCGAGGGGCUUUCUGGUGAAAAGAAGCAAGAGAUUGGGAGGUUCUUACCGAAUGCGUCGGGACUUUCAGCUGCUGGUGCCUACUUUCCACAGAGGGACUUCCCCCAGUCCCCAAGGAAGCGUGAAGGAGCGGUUGGAAUUCUCAUUGGAAAAGGUAAAAAAGGAGGAGAGGGAAGUGGCUUCUCAACCGUCAGCAUCCGUAAACACUUCGUCCUGCCUGGGUACAGUAGAAAGUACUGGACCAGGCCGGCGGGAAAGCGUUGUAAGGGGUCUGGGAGGAGGCUCGACCCCUGGUCCCAGUCCUAGCCCAGCUAAGCCGGCAGGUGCGGAGUUGCGAGCGACAUUCCUGGAGCGCUGCCUCAGUUCUCCUGCUUCAGCUGAAUCUUUCCCGGGAGGCACCACAGCCGCGGUUGCUUUCUCUUCCACAGUGGCACUCCCGUAUGCCCCAUCUUCGGUAGAGCAGCUUUUGAUGCCACUUCUGGCACCUUUCCCAGAAGCUGUUACAAAGCCGGAGUCAGCUCCCCUAAGUGUUACUCCUCAGGGCCUGAAACGGGGCACUGGAGACGACCGUUGUGACAAGGGACAUCCAGGACUUGUGUCAGCGUCAGGAUCUGGGAUAGCAGUGUCAGGUGCCAAGAAGCCGAAGGCUAUGAGGAGGCUGAGCUUCGCGGAUGAAGUAACCACAUCCCCAGUCCUGGGAUUGAAAAUCAAGGAGGAGACACCUGGGACCUCCUCCCGGAUCCUUGAAAACAGCCGGACGCCACUGGGUGAAUUUAUCUGCCAGCUGUGCAAGGAAGAGUACGCCGAUCCUUUUGCACUGGCCCAACACCGUUGCUCUCGUAUAGUGAGAGUUGAGUACCGUUGUCCCGAAUGCGAUAAGGUCUUCAGCUGCCCAGCCAAUCUCGCUUCCCACCGCCGGUGGCACAAGCCACGUACUGCUAAUGCUGCCACAGCUGUCCCCGAGGCUCUUUCCUCGUUUUCCUCUUCCUCCUCACUGUCAACUGAUUGCAGCAUUAUCGCACCCUUCCUACCCGAAGGUAAGGAAAAUAACAGAGAGAAAAGGACGGAAAGUCAGCACCCUCUUAUUCGGGACAGCUCCCUGACUGAUCAGCAUCAAGACAGUUCCAACUCAGCUACCCACGGACAGGAUGUUAAGGUCACUAAGCACCCUGAGCCCCAGCGACCACAGGACCCAUAUACUGAAAGAGAGUCGGAGCGUCGCGUACCGGGUACAGGGAAAGGCAGUGGGGAUGGGGUAUCUGAGGUUUUCUUGUGUCCAUAUUGCCACAAGAAGUUUCGCCGUCAGGCUUACUUGCGCAAGCACUUGGAUACUCAUCAGGAGGGAUCAGCCAGAGCGCUAACCCCUGGCUACAAUCCUGAGCAGAAUUUACAGCUUGCUUUCCCAUGCCCGCUUUGCGGGGCACACUUUCCCUCUGCAGACAUCAGAGACAAGCACCGGUUGUGGCACGCGGUGCGGGAAGAAAUGCUAUUGCCUACUUUAGUGGGGACGCCUUCAGAAGGACCAAAUGGAGCUGACGGGGGUACUCAGCAGAUCUUUCCUUGCAAGCAUUGUCCGUCUACCUUCUUCAGUUCCUUGGGUCUAACUCGCCAUAUCAACAAAUGUCACCCUUCGGAAAGCCGGCAGGUGUUAUUGCUCCAGAUGCCUCUAAGACCCGGUUGCUGAGUACGAACAAAAACAAGAUUGAGACAAUUCGGGAAGAAAUGGACAUUGUGUGCUAUUGC